CGCGGAUUUGGUCUCGUGCACGCGCUCAGAAUGUCCUUGUUUUCAGAACUUCACAAAAAUCAUCAGGAUUUUUAUUCUCUGUGAUCUGAAGCCGGUACAAGAGUGGGGUUUUCAUAUGCGCCUUGUUUGACACCACAUUCAUCAGGGAGAGAAUGAACAGGCAACACAUAAAGGAGGACCGAAUGGAACCUCACGCUUCACCACACACUUCAUCACACGCUUCAUCACACGCUUCAUCACACGCUUCCUCACACGCUUCAUCACACGCUCUCUCCAGGAAGAGGAGGAGAGACGACUCGAAUGGAGAGAGGGAGGAAGGAGACGUGGCGGCCAAAUACAAACGCAACACCGUGGCUCUGAGAGACCCGGCUCCGUACGCUGAUCAGCUGGUGUUGCUGGAGGACCGCCCGUAUAAACGCGUGAGCAUGGAGGAGGCUCGCAAGGGAACGCCACCUGACAGACCGGUGAGGGUUUACGCAGAUGGCAUCUUCGACAUGUUCCAUUCAGGACACGCUCGAGCCCUGAUGCAGGCCAAAGACCUCUUCCCCAACACACACCUCAUCGUUGGAGUGUGCAGCGACGAGCUCACGCACAAACUCAAGGGCUUCACGGUGAUGAACGAGGAGGAACGCUACGACGCCGUCACACACUGUCGCUACGUGGACGAGGUGGUGCGCAACGCGCCGUGGACCCUCACACCCGACUUCCUCACCACACACAGGAUUGAUUUUGUCGCUCAUGAUGAUAUCCCGUACUCAUCAGCAGGGAGUGAUGAUGUCUACAAACACAUUAAGGAUGCAGGCAUGUUCGCACCGACCCAGCGCACUGAGGGCAUCUCCACCUCCGACAUCAUCACGCGCAUCGUGCGCGACUACGACGUGUACGUGAGGAGAAACCUGCAGCGUGGCUACACGGCUAAGGAGCUCAACGUCAGCUUCAUCAACGAAAAGAAGUACCACCUUCAGGAGCGUGUGGACAAGGUGAAGCAGAAGGUGCGAGAUGUGGAGGAGAAGAGCAAGGAGUUCGUGCAGAAGGUGGAGGAGAAGAGCAUCGACCUGAUCCAGAAGUGGGAGGAGAAAUCCCGAGAGUUCAUCGGGAACUUCCUGCAGAUGUUCGGGCCUGAGGGGGCGCUGAAGCACAUGCUGAAGGAAGGGAAAGGGCGCAUGCUGCAGGCCAUCAGCCCUCGUCACAGCCCGAGCAGCAGCCCGACCCGAGAGCGCUCACCCUCGCCCACCUUCCGCCUCCCGUUCUUCACCAAGACGUCUCCGCCCACCUCGCCUCGUGCCAAGCGCAUGCGCCACGACAUCACCACCCACGGCCAGAACAUCAGUGAGGAUGAGGAAGACGAGGAGGACGAUGAAGAUUAGACGUCACGGAAAAAAACACGUCUCUCCUCUACAUCCCUCCAUCAAACACGAAGAACGGAUCUUUUAUUUUUGUAAAAAAACAAAAGUUGCUUGUUUCGGCUGCGGCCGUUUGUUUUGUAUCCGUUAGCAUACUGGAGGACGGUGUGUGUGUGUGUGUGUGUGUGUGUGUGUGUGUAGGGGGAAAAGCCACAGUUUUACCUCCGUCGAUGUGCACAAGAUGGUUAUUUUUAACUUGUUUUAAAAUAAUAAAUCACUCUUCUUUAUACGUUCUGCUCAGCGGAAAGAGACGUGUUCAAUGGCCUCACAUCCGCUGCUAUGGUUACGUCUCAUUUCUCUCAAUUCCAUCCAAUUAUAGGCCAGAAAAAGUAUUUAUGAUCGCUGUCAUGGUUACGUAGCAUGGGCGUGGCCAAUCAGAAACGAGUAUUUGACUGUUUAUUUUUAUUUUUUUAAUUAAUGAUAAACCAAAAGAAUGACUCACUCACUAUCACUUAGCCAGUGUGAGCAUAGCUCGCUAUAGCUAGCCAACUAGCCUAGUAGUUUAGGGAUGCAUGGGAUUUUUAUCAUUAAUCAGAUCUUUACUACUUUUUUAAAUCUUAUCAUUUUUCUUUUCUCUGAUUAAUAAAAAGUGUUCAGGAUCAUCAAAAACAUCCCACAAUCAAACUAGUGUAUGGAGAUGAAGAUGCUUCUGCGAUCUCAAAGAACCUCUCGUACUGCUUGAUGAAAUUAUUAUUAAAGAAGUGUAAUAACGAACACGUCUGCGUGUGGCCGCUCGUACCCAACCCCAGCGGCUUCCUGUGCACUGUUCACGCUCUGCUGAUCUGAUGUGUGUAAAAUGUAGGAUUGUGUACAGCUACUGUAAUAACCUCACUAAUGAACCUGUCUCUCGCUGCACAAAUCUUCAGUCUGUCUGGUCCGUCUGUCUGGCGUCUGCUCGGGUUUUUCUGAACUGUCCCAGUCCACAGUGUUUUAAUAUAUCAGUGUAAUAAUGAAUAAAACUUGGGAUGAAUUUCUUAUUCAUACCUGA